UUAGUUUGUACCUCGGCAGUAAAUAAUACAAUAGGUACAACAUCCGCUAUCUUUACUUACUAUGGUAUCUGCUUCGUAGGUACAAUACAAUAAUGCAUAAUACCCUCUACCUAUAUCAUUAAUAUACCUAGGCAAUAUAAUAAAUCUUUGGGUGGCACGGACACCUCCAUCUAACGUUACCAUGCCGUUGGUAGAUACGGUAAUGAACUUGUAAUCUCCAUCAACUUUCGACUCUUCUGGUACCGACUCCCUCUUCAGGAGUCAAGGAGGCCACAUGGCGCUGAAGCCCGCCGCCUGACCAACGUAUGUUUUUCUACAUUAGGUAAACCGUAAGUCCCCUUCUAGAAAUGCUAUGCGGGCUUUAGCGUGCUGUUCUCUUUUACAUACCCAGCUCUUAUACCUCAUUCUCGCCACGAGAGUUCAGAUAAAACGGUACCUGGUCACGUCACAUCCCCGUAGCCCUGACCCUCCGACGCCCGGACAUAUCUCGCUUGGCAACUUGUGUCUGCAAGGUUCUCCCCUCCUCCUUAUCUUUUGUCUGCGAGGAGUUCCGUGGAGACCAGCACGUGGUCAGUGAUCAUCGUGCCGAUCCGCUAAGGGAAUCCCAUGCCAUGCAUGGUUGCCAUGUUGCCGUGCCUCUACCUAACCUUGUGAAGGUAAUGAAAAAGUUUGAAAAGUCUGACAGAUUCUGACAGGCUCUGACCAAAUCCUCAUCGAGGAGGGUGAAGAUAUGCGGGAUGUGUCCCUCAUAUGGAAAGGGGACUGAACGUGAGGUAUGUAUCACACAUGCAGACACAUGCAGGGAGAGAGCUAUCACUUCGUCAGCCCGCCAACCAGGCUUGAGGAACUUGCCAUUUUCGCUUUCGCGAGUUUGGAUCGUUGCCUAAUUACAAAACAUACUAUGUACGGUCAGGGUAUUUCCCUGCCAGGCCCAUCCUAUCUUACAGGUUUCGUCAAACCUGCAUGUUGCGCACGUGGCUGUAAGGUAAGCUGAAUGUAACCCCGGGGUAUCAUCUACAACAUCUCCGGAUGGCAAGUGGAGGAGGGUACCUUAGGUAGGUAGGUAGGCAUGUUAUUCAGUGAACAUCACACAAUAGGAGACGAGUUAUGCAAAUGAA